GAAAUGUUAAAAAAAGCAAUUUUUUUCUUAAGGCUGAAAAGGUUUUGCUGAAAUGGUUUCGGGCUUCGAUAAGGCUGGCCCUAAAACGUUUUUUUUCUUCAUUGUUGUUUUUUUCUUUUUCUUUCUUCGAUCUAAAGCUCUCUUCUUCUUCUUCAAACGGAGCUCUCUUCUUCUUCUUCAACCUUUGUUCUUCGAUCUCUGUCUUUUUUUUUUUUAUCUCUUCUUCGAUUGUAAGAAAAGUUUCAGCUCAAAGAAAUCUGGGUUAAAGUGUGUUUGAAAUUGUGGAUCGAUUCAUAGAUUCUCGAUACCAAUAGGUACUUGUGAAUUUCUAAGUUUUUGGGUUUUUAUCUUUCCCCUUGUUGUAUAUGAUGUGUUAGAAUUCAUAAGCUGCAGAUUCUAUCUUUUUGGUUGGAUAUGUCUCUGUUUGAAGUUAUAUAUUUAUAGUUUUGAAUUCAUAGGAUGUGGUGAUACGUUUGUAAUCUCGUGCCAUAUCUUUGGUUUGUCAAAGAGAGUGUGUUUUAAUGUCAAUUUCUGGGUAACCAAGUUUGAGCUUAUUCCUUUUGAUUCUGCCCGGCUCUCUGAUUUUUUAAGUGCAAGACGACAAGUGAUGAAAAGAUAGAGACAAAGAAAGGCUUCAAGUUUGUUGAUAACUGCUGUCUAAAGAGUUCGUUCCCUUGAGAGAUUCUGACUCUGACAUAAGAGGUAAAAAAGUUCAAAUACUCAACACUUACUUGGAAUUUAAAAGAACACUGAUUUGUUGAUAUUAUAAGGUAUAAAAAUAUUUCGUCUUCUCAAAAUCCAAUUCUUCAUCAUAUUAUAAGUUCCCCCAACCGGAAGAGAAAUUCAAAGAUCAGAAAACGGUGAAAGAUGCGACGACGACCAGGAAUUGGAGGAUUACAAAAGGCCGCAGCUGCUAGGGAUCAGUACCGGUUACUAGGAGAAAAUGUAGCCAAGUUACGGACUGAUAUGAUGAAAGAACAGCUCUCCACGUUCCGUUCCCAGCUUGAAGAGUUCGCUCGUAAACACAAGAAUGACAUUCGUAAGAAUCCUGCCUUCAGGGCUCAGUUCCAUGAAAUGUGUGCUAACAUUGGUGUGGAUCCUCUUGCUUCUAACAAGGGUUUCUGGGCUGAGCUCCUUGGUAUUGGUGACUUCUACUAUGAACUUGGAGUUCAGAUUAUUGAAGUUUGCAUGCUUACAAGAUCACAUAAUGGAGGUUUGAUCAGCUUGCAAGAGCUCUGCAACCAUCUUCGUCAGAGAAGGAAGAAAGACCGUGAAGCUGUGACUGAAGAUGAUUGUCUUCGAGCUAUUAGCAAGCUAAAGGUAUUGGGUAGCGGAUUUGAGGUUAUCACUAUUGGCAAGAAAAAGCUUGUCCGUUCAGUACCCACAGAGCUGAACAAAGACCAUAACCAGAUUUUGGAGUUGGCUCAGGGCCAAGGCUUUGUGAUUGUGGAAGAGGUACAAAGACGCCUCUCAUGGACAUCUGGUCGCGUUAUAGAUGCUCUCGAAACUUUGUUAGAGGAGGGCCUUGCCAUGAUCGACAAUGGCCAUAAAGACGGAAAGUGUCGGUACUGGUUUCCCUGUGUUUCUUCGGUUUACUCAUCCAUCGGAUCUGAUACUUAA